AAAAACAAGAAUCGGAAAUCUUGUUUGUCUGCGUGCACUUCUCGCCGUUGUAUAUACCUGCCGAUGAGGAAAAAAAAUAAACCACGCGAAGUGCACCCAAAGCUAAUUCCUCUUCUUGUCUGUACGGUAUUUCGGGUGAGGAUGUGCGAGGCCGACCGGCGUCGCGACGCCAAACGGCGGCGACGUUUAACAUCUCGCAGCACUUUUGGCCACCUGGCGUUCGGAGCGUCGGUACGCGCCAUAACAAUCUUGAAUCUAUAAAGUGUCGGGUCGCGGUACCAAUUGUACUUUUGCUGGACACAAUAAGGUCUUCUCGCAAAAACGUGAUCAUUUGGUAACCGAAAAGUAGGUGUAACAAACGCAAGCAUAGUUUUAUUGCAGACGUCGUUGGAUGCACGCAGGUCGGGACGUCGAGUUAUGUGCGUGCAAGUUGUAAAUUGUAUUAUUAAAGUGUUGUGUACGUUGUUUUUCGAGUAUCUAAAAUAAACGCGAGCUGAAAUACACUCUCCGAUCCCGCCUGGAUUUUUGGUGGUAUUGUUCCGAUGGUAAUGAUACCGCUCUGCUGACUAUCACAUGCCAAGUUGUCCGUCCGUCCGUCUAGCCAAAUAUAAUUUACGGAAGUGUACACGUGCUGGCCGAUGUGUUUUCACGGACGUUUCCUGCGAUCCGGAGAAUUCCAUCACUAGCUGCAUCGAAUCAGCAUGAACCGGCUUUGACGGCUGCUAGAUUCAAAGUAAUCGUUUUGGUAGGAUGAGCAAGAAGAGAGAGCUGAUGGCGAAGACCAGGCAUUCCAGUUUAGAGAUGACCGAUCCUGAAGUUGUCGUCAAAGAGAAAAAGAAACAGGACAUGCUCUCGAAGGCCAAGAAUAAACUGUACAACUUCGGCGAUGCCAUCACCAAAUCCAAUAAGUACAUAGACGAAAACAGUCAGAAGAAGUCCAGGACGCAGGCGACUCUCGAUUAUUUUUUCAAGUCGUGCCCAAACAAACCGGACAAGAACCAGAUUUACUCGAAUAACAGAGUUAACGCGCAAAACGGAAGCCUGAAGCGUGCCGCCUCCUUGCAAAAACAGCACUCCGUCGGUUCGUAUCCCAUCAAGUUGGAUCUUCCCGAAGAGAAAAUUUAUAACUCCUCAACCAUUUCCCGUCUUCGACCUGCUACUAUCUGCGUGGAUAAGGUUAACGGUGAGCCAAGAGAAACUGCUGCUUUAGCUCUAGAAAGACCUAGGAAGAAGCUGUCCUUCAGAGAACCGGAGAUCAUGGGAUACGCGAUGCAAGUUAAUAGCAGAGACAGGCGGAUGAGGAACGUGAUGACGCCGGAAAUGAAGAGGAGCUCGAGCGUUACCAAUGGUGAUGUGCGGCGCGUGCCCAGCGUCGAUUUAGAAGACGUCGAUCUGGAGAGCCAAGCUAUGCGUGUGGUACGCACCGUUGGGCAAGCAUUCGAAGUGUGCCAUAAACUAUCAAUUACCGCUCCUGAACAUGAAAACUUAGAUUACGACGACCAGGACACUCUCACCCAGGAUUUAGCGAGCGACCGGUUCAGUGACAUCACAAGUGAUAGGCCUAAAAAAGGUACAGUUUAA